CUCCCGGAAGUUUUUGUUUCCUCACCUGUCAGUUCGGAGCAGCCACUUGCGAAUUUCUAGCCAGCCUCGUCUCUUUGUGUUUUCCCUCUCUCGUACAGGGGCUUCUCUUUUUCAGCAUAAAUGGUACCUGUAUGUGGCCAGCUGAUAUUUAAUUGAGGACAGCUUCUAACACGGUCUUCCCGUCUAAGGACUAGGCCUCUGUCAAGACAUGGAGCCCUUGGCAGUAGACGAUGACAUUUGCAUCCUUAAGCACGAGACGGCCUACACGCCCGCUGGAGAGAGCCCAGUGUCGGUGUGUGCCGGCGAUGAGUCCGUUGCCUCUCACUUCGCCUUGGUCACUGCCUACGAGGACAUAAAGAAGAGGCUCAGAGACACAGAGCGGGAUAACACUUUGCUGAAGAAGAGGGUGAAGCAGUUAGAGGAAAAGCUCUUCAGGCCGGAGGCUCCUCCGUCAGAGGGUCCCCAUUAUGUGAACAAGGCCUUCAGCGCUUACAGAGGAAUCUACAUCGAGAAGGAGGACCUGCAGAUGGAGCUUAAUAAACUGAAAAAGGAGAAGAGCGAGAAUGAGAGGUUGCUGAAUGAGCAACUCCAAGCCAAAGAGUUAGAGCUACUUCAGCUGAGGUCUGAGAUGGAGACCACCCAAGUGAUGAAGAGCCUAAAUAGCCCUCAGGACUUCUGGCAGAUGGAGAGAGUCGACACAGAGCUGCAGAUCCGCAAACUGCAGGAAGACCUUGAGAGGAUUAUGCUGGAGAACAGCCGGCUACUGGAGAGAAGCACGGAGGAGUCACAAGGCCUUAAUGGACCAGACUUGAACCAGACAUGUGAUGGAAAGCAUAGUUCGAGGGAGAGGAACGUCCAGCAAACGUACGCAGCUUUGUGCUGCGAAGUCACCCGUCUCCAAUCAGAGAUGAGGCUCCAGUCGAGCCUGAUUAGGAAGCUCAGGCCACUGAUCGGCGAGACGAGACCAGCUGCUUCUACCGUCCCUGUCCAGUGUCUGGACGACGUGGAAAAGAACAACAACAACCUCCCAGUCAUUCGAGCCCCAGGGCCCCGCCCUCCUAGCGCCCCACCGGUCCCCUCAUGCUCCGGCCGUCCUUGUCCUGCUGGCCCCCCUCUGCCAGACAGCCUGAGGGAGGACUGCUGGUACAACGGGCCCUGGCCCUCCCAGAGCUGUCUGGUGGAGGCGCUGGUCGGCAGCGAGGCCUGCGCCGUGGUGCUGCCGCCGCCCCCCCUGAAUCAGGCCUCCCUGGACGACAGCUCGCGCUCCUUCCCCAGCCCCCCCAAGCCCACCGACGCCAUGUUCUGGGAGGGACACUCCAAUGGAUCCAAUUCGUCAUCGUCACUGGGAAACUUCAUUCCAAUGAGCCCCCCCAGUGCUGAGUGGGCCAAGCCGUAUUGAUUAGACCGACGAGUAAUAACAGGGCGGAAACAACAAAGGAACCUUCGAAGUCUCCAGCUCGGCCACACAGCUACCACCUAACCUGCCUUAAGCUAAUUUAGCCACUCGUUGGUGGUGAACUGGUUUGGACCUGCUUCUUGUGGGAACCGAAUAAGGCCAAUAAGGAGGUCCUUUUUAAGGUAAAAACUGUCAACUCCACACGCCGCAUCGGUGAACUUAUCCAACUUUACAGAGAAACAUCCGACCCUUAAAAGAAUCCAACUCAUAUCUCCAUUUGUAUGUGUCCUUGUACGCACAUGCAUUAGUGUGUGCAAGCAUGCAUAUAGGCAGUUUCAUUUGAGUGUUUGUGGGUGUAAAUGCACAUAAAACAGCGUGCCUAUGAAUGCAGAAACGGUGUGUGUGUGUGUGUGUGAGCCUCUUCCGCCUGCCUUUUUCAUCGUAAUAAACCUGAUAGGGCUCAGAGGGGCCUCAUUUCUCCACACAUCAUGGUCCCGGAUCACUAGAGCCACAACACUGUAGUGGAGUUUGUAUAAUUGUACCUCCGCAAUGCAAUUUCUUUUCUUUUUUUUUUAUACAUUGGAUCAAUGUAAAUUGUACAAGGUAUGUAGCCCCUGUUCGUCUCAUCGUGUUAUGGAGAUGUGUAGGAAUUAAGGCUUUUGUACAGUGAUGUAGACGGACAUAUAAGAGCAAAUGUUUAUUUUUUUUUUUUGUUCCAAAUUUCAGCAGCUACCAAAUUAAAACUGACCUAUUUGAAUCCAAAAAUUACUUUUCAUUUAAGGCCUUAACGUCAUAUUUUGAAUUUCUGCUUGUGGGCACUGAUCUCUCUGGAGAUUUUACGUAUCAAGAGAUUUUAAGUAUCAUGUUUCAUCAACCUGCCUCCUUAAAUUUGCCUGUGAUUAUUUUAUUGAAAGAGAACUUGAUGGGGUGGAGUUCUUGGUUGUACCUCGAAUGUGCAUCUCUGUUUGGUUGGCCGCUAAAGACCCAUACACUCCUCUUCAAUUUUAAAGGGCAAAUAUCAUUUUUACAACUUUUCAAUUGUGUUCAAGUUUAUAGAUCAUAAUAUGAACAGUAGUGCUAAGCUCAAGGCAUCCAAGAAGGGGACCAAAAGUUGCCGGAGAGUGAAUGAUGUACAUUUAUUUUCAGUACAAAAGUAGUUAUAGUGAAGGCUGCAGCUUGGUUUUAACUUCAUGAAGUGAUUCGUGUGUUUAUCUAAGUGAGUGAGGAGGAAGUCAAGACAAACGUCCUCUGAAAGCACUAGCUUGAAGACCUAUCCAACACUGUUGCAUUCUUGAUCCAGGUGGAAGGUAGCGGAGAACAUUUAUUUGAGUACUGUACUAAAGUACAUUUUUGUCCACCAUUGCUUGUAAUCCACCACAGUGGCAGAUGACCUCUGAUUAAACUGUAACUUGAAACACUAAAAUUCUGGGAGCAUUAAGAUUAAUUUGAUGGCUAGUUGUGAGAUAAUUGUUUCCAUCAACCUUGUAAGUCUUGUUUUGCAAAGGAAGCGCCAUUAUGUCACAAUAGCCUGCUUUAUUGUAGCGAGGUCUGUCUGUGCAGUUCUCAUUUUUCUCCACAUAAUCAGUCAGCUUUACUGUUGAGAGUUUUACCUCACUACAUGUAUGAGCCAAUUGUGUGAGGACACAGUUUGCAGCUAAGGCUAAUUAUCACGGCUAAACAUGCUAGGGGAUAUCUCUGGACAAAACGGUUAUUGAUUUCAAAUGAUUUGCCAGCAUUAACAGAUCAUAAUAUGUCAUCUUACACACAGUGUAAGAUUUUCUAUUCAGGAAAGCAUUUCCCAAAUUCUGUAACUUUAUGCUCACAAAUAACAGCUGUGGUCACUGUGGUGGUUUGUCUGCUUACUCUCUUCUGUCAGGUUUUUUGUUGUUGUUGUUCCUAGCUCUAUUUCCAAUACGCCAAUAUUUUCCAAAUCCUGGGUCAACAGAGAGACUUCUUGAUGUUUACUUCCACUUAGCUCAUUCAUCGAUGCAUAGAUAAACUUUGUAGAGUGCGCUCUCAAUUUUUUUCUCUGCUGCCAAUAAGUGGUUGCUUAUCUAUUCCACAUAUUUCUUCUUGAAAGGUAUUUUUGUAACAAGAAAUCACUCUGGUUUUCUUUACCCAACAGCAACCCUUCAUACAAUGUUCAUCAUCCGCGUGUGGCUCUCAAUUCCUGCUUAAAAGAAAGGGGAGACUACAGUCUUUUCUUUUUGUUUUGUUUUCAAAGAUGCCUUUAAAACAAUCUGCUUUGAAAAAGCUGUUUUAUUGUAUUUUUCCACUUUCAGUUUUUAAUUUUAUGACUCUUAAAUAUGAUAUUUGCCCUUUAACAUCUGAGACAAGCUUUGUGAAUAUUAUGAAAGUGUAUCUAAUCUUUGCACUGUGCUCUUGUUAAUGUUGCUGUUAAAUUAAGAGAAGUGUGGAGGCGAUUUCUAUGAGGCAAGUCUAAAACAGGUGUACAAAUGCAGACGUGGGAGAGCACAAGAAACAGAAUGUGCAUAUCUGUAUAAAUGUAAAUGGUGGGCUUCAGUACUUUGCCAAAUGUGAUUCUGCACUUCAUUUUUUUUUCGUAUCAUUUUUCCUCCCUGGACACCAAGACCUCUGAUUUGAUUGAGAGCCGUCUGUGAUGGUGGAAAGACAAUUACUUAAUAACCUUAAGAAAUGUGAGCUGGGACUUGGAAAAUAGGGUGCACAAAACCCCAUGGUCGUUAAAAUUUUUGCUUUUGCUUUGUUUUGUUUUUUUUGUGCAAUUUUCUUCAAUCAGUUUCAAAACGUUUUUUUUUCUUAAAUUUUUAUUGAAAUGUUGUUUUACAGCUGGACUUUCAUACUUCUCGAAACAAUUUGCAAACCAAAAUGCAAUGUAUAGUAGAUAUGGAUUAUAUUUUAGACUUUCCACACUUCAGACUGUUUGUAAAUAUGAUUACAUAAAUAAAUGAAUGAAAGCUACCCACUGUGUGCUGCUCUCUGUUCCUAUCUGCAGGCAUUAGUGAGUUAAGAUACUACAGUGCUAAAAAUGUAUAGGCUUUACAAAUUGCAUGCUGCUCUAUAAACAUUGAAGAAACUCUUAGCAAAUCCUUGCAUUUCUAAAAUAUGACUGUAAGAAAUGGAAAAUUUCACACACGUGUUUUUUUUGUGUUGUUUUUUCGUGUCCCAUUUUCUAAAUUCACAUGUAGCCACUUGCUGUUUUCUUGCCGGAAACGAGGUAUUUCGACAUGCCACUUUUGAAGAUGUGCUAAUAUGGACACAUAGCACCUAUAACACAUCAAAGAUAUGUUCAGUGCUUUGUAAAAGCAUUAAUACCCAGAGGCACACAUGUUGCAACCACAAACUUCAGUGUACUGCAAUUUUCAUGCAUUUGUACUGAACCCCUUGCCCCGUUGCUAGGAGCUGCAAGGUUUCCAGGUAAUAUCUACUCGCUUUACAGAGAGAGUGAAAGUUUGCCCACUCAUCUUUGCAAAACUGCUCACCCUCAGUCAGCGUGUUGGUAAAUAGCAAUGUUUAACUCUUAAUUCUUAAUUGAAUUUAGCUCUUGGCUUCUAAUGCAUGCACAGGCUAUGAUCUAAAGUCAACCACUCUGUUCUAAUUUUGUCUAAUUAGGAACAAGCAUACCCUAAAAAUGUACCGUCUGUGCUCAAAGAUAUUUGCUUCCUAGAUUUUCCUGUAUGUAGUUCUAUAUAUAAAAAAAAAAAACUUCCCCAGAGCAUGACGCUACAGCCACCAUGGUUUAUUAUAGACAUUGUGUGUUCAGGGUGAUGUGGAGGGUCAGUUUCUAUUAUGACUUUCUUUUUACAACUUAAAAUCAGGGCAAUAAAUGGUCAUCAUUUGUACAUCUUCUCCCACCCGUCCCUUAAAUCUCUGCAGCUCAUCCAGUUACCAUAAAUGUCUUAGAAAUAGCAAAUCAAUAUAGAUGGACGAUCAAGUCUCGGUAGGUUUGCAAUUUUGCCAUCCUCUUUCCAUUUUUGAACAGCACUUGCCAAGCUGUAAAGUUUUACCUUUUGCAUUACGUCACACCAUGACACAUCACAAGAGUGAUGUAUAGAACUGGAUGGAAAGGGAAACUACAGGUAGUGACUGCUUUAGAGAGCAGUAGCAUGUAGUGAUAUUCCUGUGUCUGAUAAAACACAAAACCUACAGCCAGGGAAGUUUGUGCUUGUUGUAGUGUUAAGUUGUGGGAAGAUUCAGGUAAUUAAAAUCAUAACUAUUCCACUCAUAUGAACUUUGUGAUUCAGCCAAAAUGCUCAGUCAUGCUUAGCUUUAUCUUAGGUAAACAAUGACUCACAGUAAAGCCUUGUUCAACACCAAAAAUAAUGUUCAAUCUUUUUUUUUCCUUUUUUUUUUUCUAAUUUCAAAUUUAAAAAUUUAAAAAUCAGAUUGUUAAUGGAAAUUGAAACGUGAUUAGUACCUUGGUGUCUUCAAUUCCAAAUAAUCGUCCUCUCUGGUAUUGUCUUUCUUUUGGCCCAUUCAGGGCAUUGACUGUUUAAGAGAAUUAUCUCAACAUUUUU